AUGUCGCCUCUCGGGUUCAACGAUCCGCUGACGGCGGUAGCAUCCGUAGUUACGGGAGUUGCGAUCGUACUGUCACUAAUCAAAUACUACCUCUACCUCACCUGCGGCCACUUUACCUCCACUCGAAAGAUGGAAGGCAAGACGGUGAUCAUUACCGGCGCAAACUCGGGCAUCGGCAAGGAAACUGCCCGCGAUUUGGCUAAACGAGGUGCCCGCAUCAUUAUGGCCUGCCGGAACAUGGAAACGGCGAAGCAGGCCCAAGAUGAGAUAGUGAAGGAAACGGGCAACCGGAACGUAACCGUGCUGAAGCUUGACCUCAGCUCGCAAAGUUCGGUGCGCGAGUUUGCGGCAGAAGUGCUCCGGACCGAGCGUAAGCUGGACGUACUGAUCCACAAUGCCGGGUUCGCGGAGACGUUCCGGAAGUCGAAGUCCGUCGACGGUGUCGAGUUCACGAUGGCGACCAACCAUUACGGGCCGUUCCUGUUGACACACCUGCUGAUCGAUCUGCUGAAGCGUACCGGGCCGGCCCGUAUCGUGGUGGUUGCGUCCGAGCUGUACCGUUUCGCGUCGGUCAACCUGGACAAUCUGAACCCGGUGGGCUGCCUGCCGGCGUACCUGUACUACGUGUCGAAGUGUGCGAACAUUAUGUUUACGCGCGAGCUGGCCCGCCGGCUCGAGGGUACGUCCGUGACGGCCAACUGUCUGCAUCCGGGCAUGAUCGAUUCCGGCAUCUGGCGCAACGUCCCGUUCCCGCUGACGCUGCCGAUGCGCGUGAUCAAGAGCUUCUUCAAGACGAAUGCCGAGGGCGCGCAAACGUCACUGUAUCUCGCCUGCUCGGACGAGGUGCAAGGCGUCACCGGCAAGUACUUCAUGGACUGCAAGGAGGCGAACCUGAGCGCGGGCAUUUGCGACAUGGAGAGGGCCCGCAAGCUGUGGGACGAGUCGGCGAAGAUCGUCAAGCUUACCGAGAGUGAUCCCAAAAUCUAA